GCUAAACUCGGACCGCAAAAGAACUUUUGGUUGUUGCGGCUCAAAAAGUUUCCCCGCGAAACAAAAAAACAUCCAGCAGACCUGUCAAUUCACGAUACCUAAUUUUGAAAGUUUGAUUCAUUUUCAUCGUGGAGUUCAUUUCAAUCUCUGUCUAACGAAUUUGAGCUGCUGACCGUGCUCGGUCCGUCUCUCUAAUUGCGGUCACAAUGUCCAAGCCUUCACAGCAGAAGGCGCCCAAGGGCGCUCAAAAUGCUAAUCUCUCUGGCGCCGUCAUAAAUGAUCCCCGGUUUGCCAAUAUUCACAGCGACCCUCGCUAUCAACUUCCUAGUAAAAAGCAUACCCAUGUGAAACUCGAUAAGCGGUUUUCGCGCAUGCUGCGAGAUGAAGAUUUUUCGAAGAAAGCAUCGGUCGAUCGAUAUGGGCGCAAAUUGCCCAAAGGAACCGGUCGGAAAGAAUUGGAAAGAUUUUACCGGGUGGAUGAGGACGAGGGGGGCGAUCAGGAUGAAGAAGAGCCCAGUGACCUGGAAAGUGUCGAAGCCGAUGCAGUCGACGAUGACGACAUCGUUCGCAAGGAGCUUGCCCGCGUGGACAAGAGGUAUGAUCCCGCUCGAGAUGGAGGAUUUUCCUCAUCAGAUGAAAGUUCAUCGGACGAAGAGUCCGAGGAAGACGAAGUGGAGGAUGAGGAGGAAGAGACCGGAUUCAGUUUUCCAGACAGACAAUUGGAUCAGCAACCUGCUGUUCCGAUGGGCGAUAUCACAUCUAGACUGGCUGUGGUGAAUCUUGACUGGGAUAAUAUUCGCUCUGCAGAUCUCAUGGCAGUGUUUUCUAGUUUUGUGCCUCCUUCCGGGAAAAUUCGUAACAUUUCAAUCUAUCCUAGCGAGUUUGGCAAGGAACGCAUGGAGAAGGAAGAAGUGGAAGGACCUCCACGGGAAAUCUUCGCAAGCCAUAGCAAGAGAGAAGAGGACGAAGAGUCGGACUCCGAGCGCGGAUCGGAUGACGAUGACGAUGACGAAGAAGAUGAGAGAAUCAAAAAAUCCAUUCUCACAGAGGAUACCGGCGAGGAGUUCGAUUCUGCCAAAUUAAGGCAAUACCAGCUUGAGCGACUACGAUACUACUACGCCGUAAUUACCUGCACAUCUCCCGAAGUUGCCAAAGCCAUAUACGAUGCUACGGACGGCACAGAAUACCUUACUACAGCCAACUUCUUCGAUCUACGCUUCGUCCCGGACGACGUUAGUUUCGAGGACGACAAACCACGCGACGAAUGCGAUCAGAUUCCCAACGGAUACCGUCCGAACGAAUUCGUCACUGCAGCGCUGCAGCACAGCAAAGUCAAGCUGACCUGGGACGAGGACGAUCCGCAGCGGAAGGAGGCGCAGAAGCGUGCAUUCACCGGUUCUCGCGCUGAACUUGACGAGAAUGACCUAAAAGCAUACCUCGCCAGCUCAAGCUCAGAGGACGAGGGCGAAGACGGAGACGAAGCGAAUGAAGACUCGGAAUCCGAGGACGAGAAACCAGCGGCGGAUGAAACCGCCACCAAAAAGCCUUCUGAGAAACUUUCCAAAAAGGAAGCAGAACGGCAACGCAUGCGCGCUCUUCUCGGCCUGCCUGUUGAUAAGCCGUCAUCCUCAUCAUCAUCAAAGAGUAAAACCAGCAGUGCUCCUGUCGGCGACAUGCAAGUCACUUUCACACCAGGUCUAUUGUCCGGGGAGAACGGCGGCAAGUCAUCUGUGUUCGAGAACGAGCCUGAACGCGACGAGACCACCGUCGAGAAAUACGUCCGCAAAGAAAAGGAACGCAAGGCGCGACGAAAGGAGAAACUCAAGUCCGGUCGCAACCCGGAAGCCGACGCUUCUACGACUACCGAUAAGAACGACAUCCACGACGAGUCCUCCGCCUCGGAAUCUGCCUCUGAGGGCGAAGACGAAGAAGAAGAAGACCUCGGCUUCAAUGACCCCUUCUUCACCUCCGCACCCACGAAAGAGUCCAAAUCCGCCGUCAAGAAGCGCAAACAAGCCGAGCGCCGCGCCCAGGACGCAGACGCUGCCAAAGACGCCGAGGCCGCCGCCCGCCAACGCGCCGAGCUCGAACUCCUCAUGCUCGACGACAAGGGUGGUGCCGCCGCCGGUGCCUCUGGCGAUGGCGGGGCCGCAGAGCCCCAUGUCGCUCAUUUCGACAUGAAAGAGAUCCAAAAGGCCGAAAAAGACGCUGCCAAACGCGGCAAAGCCAAGCGGAAGAACAAGAACAAGGCCGGAGCCACUACUACUACAGAUUCCGUGCAGGAUGAUUUCCAAAUGAAUGUCAGUGAUCCGCGGUUUACCAGUCUCUUUGAAAGCCACGAUUUCGCAAUCGACCCUACGAAUCCGCGGUUCAGCGGCACAAAGGCCAUGAAAGCCCUGCUGGACGAAGGCCGUCGAAAGAGAAGCCGUCGCGAGGUAGAUGCAGAAAUUGAUGACAGACCCGCAAAAGACGAAGGUCGCAAACCGUCCAAAGUCGCAAAAUUGAGCGCACCGGAUGCGGGUGAAGAAGCAGCAACACCGCAAGACGGUGUCGAUUUACGCAAAUUGGUGGAGAAGGUGAAGGGGAAAAGCAAGAAUGCUACUGCUGCGAACAAGAAGCGGUAGAGAGAAAGGAUAAGAAAACAUUGUUUGGGGAAACUGCUGGCGUAGCGUUUGUAUUCUUUUUGGAUUGUUCUCAUCUGCGUCUUCUUUAUACAUAGUGCAUUGAGAACUCCUGGACUAGGCGCAAGAAAAAUCGAAUUGUAUUUCAUCACAUCAAAGUACAUUAAUUUAUGUCUCAAAUUGCACAUCUUGACUGUCCUAUAAGUUGAUACAUGCGAAUUCUACUUUUACAAGGAUCAUCACUCUAGGUAGAUAUGCUCAAAGAGAAAAAAGCUCUUGUAAAGGAAGGCGAGAUGAAAAAAAGAGGAAAAGAAAAAGUAUGUAUUGGAACAAUUUGAAGACUAAUAAACAGCGAUAGAAGCGCUGCUGAAGUGGUAAUGCUUCGUGGGAAUCCGCU